AUGUCUUCCAUCAAAAUUGAAUGUGUUUUACGGGAGAACUACAGGUGUGGAGAGUCUCCUGUAUGGGAGGAAGCAUCCAACUCUCUACUGUUUGUAGAUAUCCCUUCAAAGAUUAUUUGUCGAUGGGAUUCGGUCAGCAAUCGAGUGCAGAGAGUUACUGUGGAUGCCCCAGUCAGUUCAGUGGCACUGCGACAGUUGGGAGGCUAUGUUGCCACCAUUGGAACCAAGUUCUGUGCUUUGAACUGGGAAGAUCAAUCAGUAUUUGUCCUAGCCACGGUGGAUGAAGAUAAGAAAAAUAAUCGAUUCAAUGAUGGGAAGGUGGAUCCUGCUGGGAGAUACUUUGCUGGUACCAUGGCUGAGGAGACAGCCCCAGCUGUCCUUGAGCGACACCAAGGGUCCUUGUACUCCCUCUUUCCUGAUCACAGUGUGAAGAAAUACUUUGACCAAGUGGACAUCUCCAAUGGUUUGGAUUGGUCCUUGGACCAUAAAAUCUUCUACUACAUUGACAGCCUGUCCUACAAGGUGGAUGCCUUUGACUAUGACCUUCAAACAGGACAGAUUGCCAACCGCAGAACUGUUUACAAGAUGGAGAAAGAUGAACAAAUCCCAGAUGGAAUGUGCAUUGAUGCUGAGGGAAAGCUAUGGGUGGCCUGUUACAAUGGAGGAAGAAUAAUCCGCCUAGAUCCUGAGACAGGGAAAAGACUUCAAACUGUGAAGUUGCCUGUUGACAAAACAACUUCAUGCUGCUUUGGAGGGAAGGAUUACUCUGAAAUGUACGUGACCUGUGCCAGGGAUGGUUUGAGUGCUGAAGGCCUUUUGAGGCAGCCUGAUGCGGGUAACAUUUUCAAGAUAACAGGUCUCGGGGUCAAAGGAAUUGCCCCACAUUCCUAUGCAGGGUGAACUGCAGCUCUUCCUUGCUAUCAGAACAAAAAGCUUUGAAGAUAACUGAAGAAUUAAGGGACAGAAAUCAAUGAACUUUCAAUUUAGGUUUUUUGAUGAGGUGGUGAUAUUAUAGCAUGGUCAAGCUUUAAUUUACACUUUUGAUUGGGUGAUGGGGAAUAAACCUAGGGCAUAGCAUAUUAAUGAAGAACACAUAGUAACAGUGAACUCCAUCUCUAGAUUCCUUGAUUUACAUUUUUUUGGUGUUUUGUUUUGUUUUGUUUUGUUUUGUUUUCGAGACAGGGUUUCUCUGUGUAGCCCUGGCUGUCCUGGAACUCACUCUGUAGACCAGGAUGGCCUCAAACUCAGAAAUCUGCCUGUCUCUGCCUCCCAAGUGCUGGGACUACAGGCGUGUGCCACCACGCCCAGCUCUGAUUUACAAUUUUUUAAAGGUCAAAGAUUUUCCCCAGAGAAUGACAAGUAGUUUGAGAACAUACUCUAGGCCUUCUAUUUAAAAAAAAAAAAAAGUCCUGUAGAAAUGCAGCAGGGAGUUCAACUAUCAAUCAGCCUGAUGAUGGCAAAUCGCUCUGGGGGCUGAAAUGGGACUUUGUCCUUUCUUUUUCUGUGUUCCAUACUUGCUGUGCAUAAGGCUUCCAAAAAAAUCAAUGCAUAGAAACUUAGUGAUAAUUUAUAAUGAUUUAUGUGACUCUUCAUGUGUGUUAUUUUACAAACUAAAAUACUACCUGAAGAUGUUAUUCAA